AUGGCGCCCGAGGAGAUUUUAAAACGCGCGCAGGAAAUGAACUGCGCAGUGAUUACUGCGCGGGCGGGAAAUGUAAGUGUAAGUGUAAGUGUAAGUGAUAGUAAAGUUGUAAAUAAAUUGAAAACUUUUAUUGAUCUCGUAGAAGAAAGUGGAUAUGUAGGUGAGGAACAUGAAGUGAAAACAGAGGACGGGUACGAAUUGAUAGUGCACAGAAUCUCUGGCGGGCCUUUAAAUCCAGUUAGAUUUGGAAAACCAGUUAUUUUAUUACUCCAUGGGCUUAUGGGUGCAUCUGACGUCUGGGUCUUACGUGGGCCUGCUCAAGAUAUUGCAUAUUUAUUAGUCGACCAAGAUUAUGACGUCUGGGCAAUAAAUGUACGUGGUAAUUACUAUUCAACAUUACACAUGAACAUUACAAGCAAUUCCACAUACUGGAACUUUAGCUGGCAUGAAAAUGGGAUGUACGAUGUACCAGCAACGAUAAAUUAUAUAUUAUCAUUAACAAACCAAAAAAAAUUAUCAUUAAUCGGACACUCGAUGGGUGGAACUGAAAUUCUCGUUUUAUUAUCAACGAGACCUGAAUUUAAUAAUAAAGUAAAUAUUGCAAUAACAUGGGCACCUGCUGCGACAGUUACUCAUGACAUACCUGGUUUUUUUCCGAAUUUUGUAUUCCAACAUGCCAAUGAAGUGACAUCAUCAAUAUUACGUAUAAAAGAUCAUUAUCCACAAGGAACUUCAUUAAAAACAAUUUUACACUACGGACAAGUAUUUGCCAGUCGCAGAUUUCAACAGUAUGAUUAUGGAAAGAUGAUUAAUUUGAUAAAAUACAAUGAUAUUAAACCACCGGAAUAUUUAUUGAGCAGAAUAACGACGCCAGUUAUUAUUUAUUAUGCUCGUGAUGAUCGAUUAGUCACUAAAGAGGAUGUCAAUUUGUUGUUGACAAAAAUCCCAACUGCAAUUGCCAAAGAAGUACCGAGCGACGAUUUUGGACAUCUCGGUUUUAUUAUUUCGAAAAAUACUAAAUCAUUAAUUUAUGACAGAGGGUGA